AUGUUUCAAGUGGUAUCCAAACUGAAGAAUCUCAAGCAGCCUUUGAAAUCUAAGUUUGCAAAGCCUAUGAGUUCACUUAAGGAAGAAAUUCAGAGUGCUAAAGCUUCUCUCUCUUCCUGUCAACUGGCUCUUGACUCAGCUCUUGACAACCAGGCAUUGAGGACACAAGAAAAGCAUCUCCUCCAUUCCUACACAUCACUCAAGCUCACUGAGGAGAAGAACUGCCAGCAAAAAUCAAGAAUCCAGUGGCUCAAAUGUGGGGACUCAAAUACUUCCUACUUCUACAAAUUUAUUGCCUCCAGAAACAAUAGAAACAAAAUUGCAUUUAUUUCCUCCUCAGAUGGUACCCUACUUAAGACUGAAGCUGCCAUUAAGAAUGAAAUUGUCUCCUAUUUUCAUCUCUGCCUUGGGAUGAACCCCCAUCCCCCCCAAGACUUGGAGCAGCUGCAGACCUUCAUUCAGCCUGUUAUACUUGUUUCCUUCAUGGAAUCACUAUGCUUAAUCCCUACUGACACUGAAAUUAAGCUUUGCUUGUUCUCCCUUAGCAGUGAUAAGGCUCCAGGACCUGAUGGUUAUAAUGCACAUUUCUUCAAGAAAGCUUGGGCAGUUAUUGGUCAGGAUGUCACAAGGGCAGUUAGAGAAUUUUUCAUAACUGGGAAGCUACUUAGGGAGGUCAGUUUCCCCGAAUAUGGUUACAGAAGCGGUUUUGACAAUCUCUUGUUGAAGGAGGUGCGCUGUUGCUGGGAGCCAUUUUUUGGACCGAGCCUUUUCAGUCGUUGUUUGUGUGGAGUUCGGGGCAUAAUGAUCAUAAUGGAAAUCGCGGCAAUGGACCGGCUUGGAGUGGCAUGA